AUUUUUCUGGCAGGGGUGCCGGGAAGGGGAGGCGUGCGCCCCUCUGCCCCCCACUGUAGCUCCGCCACUGCGUGGGCCCAGACCUUCCUUCUGGUGUAUAAAGCUUCCACUGUCCUGGCGCAAUUCUUCAGUUCCACUUUCUGAUCUGCUGACCACCCGCGCUUCGCAAACCUGAGCUGUUUCAUACUAGGUACACAUCAGACUGCUGAGCGUUGGCAGGUCCCCCUGCACAUUUCUUCGAUAGCGAUCCAAGUUCUGAUUUUUAUCGACACUGCCGCUGUUUUCUUUUAUUCGACGCUUCGAACUGCCGAGAAGUCUAUCUCUUGCAACUCUGCGAAUAACCAGAAAUCUCUGUCGUCGCAAUGGCUAUGAAUCCGAACGAGCUUUUCUACGCAGGAUACAACCCAUACCAACGCAGGUACAAUGGUCAUAAUGAAUAUUGGUUUAUGGGAGCGUUAAAUGCCGAGAAGCAGGCAGAGGAGGAGGAGCAGGAAGAUGCUAAGAAGGGGAUCAUCGAAUUGUCAAUGCCUUUGUGCUGCGAAGGGUGCAUCAUGAAAGUCCACAAGAAGCUGAAGACCUUGGAUGGUGUGGCAAGUGUUGAGUGCAAUCAAUUGAAGCAGAAGGUGAUCGUGAAAGGUGACGCCAAUCCUGAGGCGGUUCUGAAAAAGGCCCGAAAGAUUAACAAACGAGCCGAUUUCUGGAAGGAAACGGAAUGAUGAUGUCUGGCAGAGAACGUACCUCGCUGCGAAACAAUAAAUCUACAGAUGUGGGUCGCUAAUCAUUCGCUAUGAUGUGGAUUCGUAUUCGAAAACGUUCAAUUCGAAGAAACUUGGCGAAUUUCACAUCUGCACACGGAAGAGAGAAGGGUCCGUCACAGCGAGUUCUCACAUUCGGACUUUCGGAUGGCUACAAGAUCAGGAGAUGAUUGCCUCGGUCCUUCUAGCUAAAUAACACUAGCCUUACGUCUAGUUCGACUUUCUCACACUGCCAAUCUCCACCAUAUUCCAAACUCCUAGGGUAGUAUUUAUUUCAAUUGGUCGGGAGUUCCAUUGCUUCCCAUAUUUCUUGGCGCAUUGCCAUUGUACAAAUGCCUGAUGGCUCGUAGAACAUGUCACAGGGUGGCCUGAAGUGUAAACGCAUUAGAGAAUAUAAAUAUUAGGAUCAUUUGAAGGGGUAGGACGGUUGAGUCAUUCCUGAAAGUUUUGAGGAAUGCACUGUACAUCCAUGGGCGAAGAUCUUAGCCAGUUCUAUCUGAGAUGAAAGUGUGUACGUAAUCGAACAUAAAAUUGACAGGAAAGCUUGUAGAAGCUUGUUUCUUACUAGUUUUUUGGAACUAUUUAGUGAAACCUUGAGAAACUAUUCAGAACGAUAACAGCAGUAUAGGUGGAAUUAUUCAAUCAAGUUGAUGUUACAGGUGUUUUUAAGUUUCUAUGCAAAUUGACUAUACUUAGAAACUGAGUAUUUUAAAAUCAGC